GGUGCGUGGGGGAUGCGCGAGCGGCGGCGGCGGAUCCCGAGCGGGGCUGCGGCGGGGGGCGGGGGCGGCCGCCGGCAUCGCCAUCGGCACUGUCAGCAUGCUGAGCCGCAGCUCCUUCACCAGCCUGGUGGUGGGCGUGUUCGCCGUCUACGUGGCGCACACCUGCUGGGUCAUGUACGGCAUCGUCUACACGCGGCCCUGCCCGGCGGCGGCGGACGGCGCGGCCGGGGGCUGCGUCUGGCCCUACUUGGCUCGCAGGCCCAAGCUUCAGUUAAGCGUGUACACUACCACACGGUCAAGCAUUGGUGCUGAGAGUAACAUAGAUCUUGUUUUGAAUGUGGAGGAUUUUGAUAUUGAGUCCAAAUUUGAAAGGACAGUGAAUGUCUCUGUACCAAAGAAAACCCGAAAUAAUGGCACAUUAUAUGCAUUUGUAUUUCUUCAUCAUGCUGGCAUUUUGCCUUGGCAUGAUGGUAAGCAGGUGCAUGUAGUAAGCCCUCUGACCACGUACAUGGUCCCCAAACCAGAAGAGAUUAAUUUGCUCACUGGUGAAUCAGCCACACAGCAAAUUGAAGCAGAAAAACAGACCAAUGCCCUGGAUGAACCUGUCUCUCACUGGAGGUCAAGACUAACCUUAAAUGUCAUGGUGGAAGAUUUUGUGUUUGAUGGGUCAUCCCUCCCUGCUGAUGUUCACCGUUACAUGAAAAUGGUUCAGCUGGGGAAGACAGUGCAUUACCUUCCAAUAUUAUUUAUUGAUCAACUAAGCAACAGAGUGAAAGAUUUGAUGGUUAUAAAUCGUUCAACAACAGAGCUACCUCUUACAGUGUCGUAUGAGAAAAUAUCUCUUGGGAAACUCCGAUUUUGGAUCCACAUGCAGGAUGCUGUGUACUCUCUCCAGCAGUUUGGGUUUUCAGAGAAGGACGCAGAUGAAGUAAAAGGAAUUUUUGUUGAUACUAACUUGUAUUUUCUGGCUUUGACAUUCUUCGUAGCAGCAUUCCAUCUUCUCUUUGAUUUUCUUGCAUUUAAAAAUGACAUCAGUUUUUGGAAGAAAAAGAGGAGCAUGAUUGGGAUGUCCACAAAAGCAGUGCUUUGGCGGUGCUUUAGUACUGUGGUAAUAUUUCUUUUCCUUUUGGAUGAACAAACAAGUUUAUUGGUGCUGAUCCCAGCAGGCAUUGGUGCAGUGAUUGAGCUCUGGAAGGUGAAGAAGGCUUUGAAAAUGACAAUCAGGUGGCAUGGUUUGAGACCCAAAUUUCAGUUUGGUGCAUACAAUGACUCUGAAAAGAAAACUGAGGAAUAUGAUGCCCAGGCUAUGAAAUAUUUGUCAUAUUUGCUCUAUCCACUGUGUAUUGGAGGUGCAUGUUACUCCUUGCUGAAUGUCAAAUACAAAAGCUGGUACUCCUGGUUGAUUAACAGUUUUGUCAAUGGAGUGUAUGCUUUUGGAUUCCUGUUUAUGCUGCCCCAACUAUUUGUAAACUACAAGAUGAAAUCUGUUGCACACUUACCAUGGAAGGCUUUCACAUACAAAGCAUUCAACACCUUCAUUGAUGAUAUAUUUGCUUUUAUCAUCACUAUGCCAACGUCUCAUAGACUGGCAUGCUUUAGAGAUGAUGUUGUGUUCCUGGUCUAUCUCUACCAAAGAUGGCUUUAUCCUGUGGAUAAGAGCAGAGUCAAUGAGUAUGGAGAAUCUUAUGAAGAAAAGUCAAAAAAAAAAACUCAUAGAGAAUAACUGAAGAAGAUUCUGACCCCUGAACUCUUACUUGCUUUGUGUAUUAUCUGGUCUUAAGGAUGGAAGAACUUAUUUAAUAAGAGUAUUUUUAAAGCUUAUGACAGAACUACAUGGACAAUACAUCUUCUUUAUUGCCAAAAUCUAGUUUUGAUACCCUCCACUUUCAAGACCCUCUUCUCUCCUCACAAGGUUUACAGUCUGCCAGAUGACAUAUAAACUUCCCACAUUUCAGCUUCUCUUCAGUGAAAACCUAAGCAUCCUGACCAUUGUAAUUAAAAUCCAAAUCUGUGUUUUUAAGACAACUCACGAACUGAAACUGUGGUGCCUGUGCCACUAGGCUAUAAAAACUGAAAAAACAAGACACUGUGUUACAAUAGAAUCAAGGAUUUUUGCCAAACUGGGGGCUGUAAAAAAUAAAAGGCAUAAUUUUGGAUUAUAUUUUA